UUUGAGUCGAAUUCGUCCGUGCUUGGCCUUGAUCUCGUGGCGUUGCUCUGUGCGGCCGGUCUCCCUGUUGCUGUUUGAUUUUCGGCAACCUGUCCCUGGACCAAGAGGCUGGCGCUUCGCUGAGUCUGCUAGCCGGUCCGACGUCCACCCCAGCCCCCCUCUUCGCAUCCUCGGGCGUCGUCACCGGUCUUUGAAUACUUCCUCUCAUCAUGUCACUCCACACCUCUUAUCAUGCCGACUCGGAUGCGGAUGACGAGUACGAGCGCAGUGUCAUCACGUCGCCCCAUCUGGCCACCGACUCCGAAGCCUCUCCUUCUGAAUCUGAAUUCCCGUCAGCAGAACACACCCCAACCACCUUGGCCAAUAUCGACGAGAAUCCGCGGUCUCCUCGAACGAUCAUCACCGAAUGGACUGCGGAAGAGUGUGCCAACUUUGUUGCCGCCCUCGGGCUUCGUCAAUACUGCGGGGCAUUUAUAGAGAAUGAAAUCGUUGGCGAAGCGCUCAUUGCCCUGAAGCACGAUGAGCUGAAGGAAAUGGGCAUUGCGAGUGUGGGACAUCGGUUGACCAUCCUGAAGAGUGUAUACGAAACCAAAGUCAAGCAAGAUAUUCCCAUCGACGGAGAUCAUUAUAUCCCGCUUUCUGCGGACCAGAGCAUGAACGAAGGCGCGACCCAAGAAGACAUUGCUCGGUUGAUUCAGUCGAUCCGGAUACGAGAUGAGCGCAUUGUGACGAUGGAGUCAGAGAUGCGGCGUAUUGCAGAGGAGUACCGUCGACUGCGCGAAGAACUGCUCCCCGUUUUCAAAAUGGCAAAGGACAAAUCACAACCGCUCCCCCCACCGACCUCCGUGCCAGUAUCCAGCUCCGAUGGAUAUCACGAUGGUCAGACGCUCACGUCUCCAUCAGGAAUUACCCUUUUGGAUCGGUCUGGGUCGAUCCUAUCCCGAACAUUUUCCAAAAGGGGCCACACUGGGGGCACUACUCCUAAGACUAACUCGCCUACCCAUAUUCCACCUUCGAUUCACGAGGGCCGAAUGUACAGUGAUGGCGGCGGGCUUGAUCCGUCAACGGCAAACGCAUCCCACAUGACUAUCCUCAACGGCAAGUCGCAACUCUCACCCGGUAUCCCCAGCCCGACGUCUCCAGGCAACCACUACGCCCCGCAAACUCUAGCCUCGCGAGCCUAUACGCAAUCGAGUUCUAGCAGCGUAAACCAUGUUUCCCACAGUCAUCACGAAGACACACUUCCACCACAGUCCCGAUCAGAUCGGUUGAAUCCUACACCUACCCAAGCCACACGCCCGGACAUCCCUACUCGGUCGGAAUCCCGGGCAACGCAGGAACCGCCUAGUGUUGAAAUCUUCAAGUCCUUCCGCGUGUCGAUGGACGAUCCGUGCCAUAAGGUUCUCCCGGCGGCGCUGAAGAAGUACAACAUCAACGCGGACUGGAAGCAAUACGCACUCUACAUCGUAUAUGGGGAUCAAGAACGAUGCCUCGGAUUAGAAGAGAGGCCACUUAUCCUCUUUAAGCAGCUUGAAAAGGAAGGCCGCAAGCCGAUGUUCAUGUUGCGGAAGCAAGUCCAUCCCAUCGAGAGCGGCAUGUACUCUGGGGGUGGGUCUGCACCUAACAGCGCUGGCUUUGAGGGACGGCAAGCUCAGAUCAACCUGCCAGGCGGAGUCCUGUGAUCUGCAGCAGCCUAUUUCGACAGUAGCAUCAUUACGUUUACUUGUUACUUGAGAUACCCCGGGACCUCUUCUAGGGGUCAUUUCAUUUCCAUUCUUGCCAUGAAUACAGGCUUCUGUCAUUGGCUCUCUUCAUAUCAUCCUAUC